AUGGUCAAAUGUCCAUUCAAAAAAGUAUUUCUGACUACUGUGAAGGCUGGACCUUAUAAAGUCAGCUGGUAUUUGCUCAUUGAUGAGCUACAGAAAUUAUUCAGAGAGGCCAACAUCUUAUACUGGUCUAAAUCCUUAUUAAAGCUCACAUACAACUUUGUUGAUCAUUCUAUUACAUCCUCACCUGAACCCCCACCAUUCAUGGUCCCAUGUGUUCAACUUGUAGAAGCCGGCCUUGCAUUGUGCCACAACCAGGGUGGUAGCAAGCCUGGAGCUGUUUUUCUCCUUGAAGAGCUCAUUGAGGGCAGUGAUGAUAUGUUUGUCAAAUUCAUCCACAAUAUGGACAUCAAUCCAUUGCUCAAUGAAUUGGACUAUGGCUAUGACAUGGCAGAAUUUUUGGUUUUCACACAGCAUGUCCAGUACAUCAAGACUGGCAAGCUAGUUUUCAUAUCUGACUAUCAAGGUAUGUCUGAUUCAGUGACAUAUUCAAUCCUCAGUACUGCAGAUGGAAUAACACAAUGUAUUUAG